UCUCUCCGGCCAAAUCUAACCUCCGGCGAUCAUCGUUGGUCACUGACUUCUUAUCACCGGUUAGAAUUCCUUCCCGCUAUCUCUGAAGGAAAAUAAUGGCGACUCUGGUUGAUCCUCCUAAUGGGAUUAGAAUCGAAGGGAAGCAUUACUUCUCAAUGUGGCAAACUCUGUUCGAGAUCGACACUAAAUACAUGCCAAUCAAGCCGAUUGGUCGUGGAGCUUACGGUGUUGUCUGCUCCUCUGUUAACACUGAUACCAACGAGAAAGUCGCUAUCAAGAAGAUUCACAAUGUUUAUGAGAAUAGGAUCGAUGCGUUGAGGACUCUCCGGGAGCUCAAGCUUCUACGCCAUCUUCGACAUGAGAAUGUCAUUGCUUUGAAAGAUGUCAUGAUGCCAAUUCAUAAGAGGAGCUUCAAAGAUGUGUAUCUUGUUUAUGAGCUAAUGGACACUGAUCUCCACCAGAUUAUCAAGUCUUCUCAAGUUCUAAGUAACGAUCACUGCCAAUACUUCUUGUUCCAGUUGCUUCGAGGGCUCAAGAAACCGAUAUUCCAAGGAACGGAAUGUCUUAACCAGCUUAAACUCAUUGUCAACAUUCUCGGAAGCCAAAGAGAAGAAGAUCUUGAGUUCAUAGAUAACCCGAAAGCUAAAAGAUUCAUUAGAUCACUUCCGUACUCACCCGGGAUGUCUUUAUCCAGGCUUUACCCGGGCGCUCAUGUGUUGGCCAUCGACCUUCUUCAGAAAAUGCUUGUUUUUGACCCAUCUAAGAGGAUUAGUGUCACUGAAGCGCUCCAGCAUCCAUACAUGGCACCUCUUUAUGACCCGAAUGCAAACCCUCCGGCUCAAGUUCCCAUCGAUCUCGAUGUAGAUGAGGAUUUGAGAGAGGAGAUGAUAAGAGAAAUGAUGUGGAAUGAGAUGCUUCAUUAUCAUCCACAGGCUUCAACCUUAAACACCGAGCUCUGAGCUCAAGUCUUGUACGGGUAAUUUACAGAAAUCUUCUUCUACUUAUGUCUGAUUGUCAUCAUAUUGUCUAUAGAGUCUUGAAAAAAUAAGAUGAAGAAUAAACUUGUAGUUUAAGC